UUAGCUGCAAGCGGCCGAGUGUUGACGAGAGAGAAAGAGAGAGAGAGAGAGAGAGAGACGGUGACCGAGACGGAGAGUGAGGAACCAGAGAGAAAGAGGGAGAGAGGGAGACAGAGAGAGAGAGAGAGAAGAGGACGCUCGACUGUGACGAGCGUCGGUGAGGGAGAACCGAGCGAGCGGAUCCACGAGUGGGCAGACGCCUCCUCCUCCCUCCCGCCCCUUCUCCCCGCCACGCCAGGAAGUGGGACCAUGUGAGAUGUGACCGGACUUCGGCUCUGGACCGAACCGAGUCAGUCGCCUUGGAAGCAGCGGGCCCUCUGAUCCGUCGAAUGCGUCGCUGGCCGGGAAGCAUGGAGCCUCGGGUUCGGAGUGCGGCUCGGCGGCUUCUGGACCGGGAGGCGGGGGGGGCGACGCUGCUACAACGGAGGCUUUGUGGCUCGAGCCGCCGCAGGAACUGAAGUGGGAGCGCGCGCGUGCGCGCGGGUCCGAGCCCCGACACGUCCUCCACCUGUUACCGGAGAAGCAGCUCUUUCCUCUGCUCACCUGGACGUGGAUCAGGAUGAAGCUCUAGCAGCUGCCUCUGCUCUGGGAGGAACCCAGCUUCCCGUCCGCCUGGAGAGUGACACUCCCCCUGCGCUGCUGACCCCAAGUCGGGGAUCCUCUCCUGCUCCAUGGCUGGUUCUCGGGGGCCUUUCUACUGAACAUCCCUCCCUGCGUAGUGGCACAUGGAUUUCAAGACUUCAAAUGAAGAGACGAAGACCGGGAUUUACUUGCUGCAGGAAGGUAAGGAGGAGCCCUUCAACAUUCGACUGCACUUGGCCAAAGACCUUCUGACCAUCCAGGAGCAGGACGUCAUCUGUGUGUCGGGAGAGCCCUUCUACUCCAGCGAGCGGACGGUCACCAUCCGGAGGCAGACCAUCGGCGGCUUUGGCCUCAGCAUCAAGGGCGGAGCUGAACACAAGAUCCCUGUGGUGAUAUCCAAAAUAUCUAAGGAACAGAAAGCUGAACUCUCGGGCCUGCUCUUCAUCGGAGACGGAAUCCUUCAGAUCAACGGCAUAAACGUGAGGAGCUACCGCCACGAGGAAGUGGUCCAGGUGUUGAGGAACGCUGGCGAGGAGGUGACUCUGACCGUGUCCUUCCUGAAGAAGACUCCCGCCUUUCUGAAGCUGCCGCUGUGCGAGGACUGCACAUGUGUUCCCAGCGACCAGAGCAGCGGCACCUCCUCGCCCCUGUGUGACAGCGGCCUGCACCUCAACUAUCAUCCCAACAACACGGUACUGGACACGCUGUCCUGCUCGUCCUGGCCCACCUCCCCGGGCCUGCGCUGGGAGAAGAGAUGGGUGGACCUGCGGCUCAUUCCGCUGCUGCACUCGCGCAUGUCGCAGCACCUGCCGGGCUCUGACCUGUGCAGGAAGGACGCCUUCCAGGUCAUCGCUGUGGACGGCGUGUGCAGCGGGGUCAUCCAGUUCCCCUCCACCGAGGACUGCGCGGACUGGCUGCAGGCCAUCGCCGCCAGCAUCUCCACUCUCACCAAGCACAAUGUGAAGAAGAUCAACAGGAAUUUCCCAGUGAACCAGCAGAUCAUCUACAUGGGCUGGGUGGACGAGAAGGAGCAGGACUCCGUCCAGGACCGGAUGUACUCGCCCAAGUUCCUGGCCCUCAGAGGCUCCUCCCUCUUCAAGUUCUCCGCUCCUCCAGUGACCACAUGGGACUGGACCCGAGCGGAGAGAAGCUUCACCGUCUACGAGAUCAUGUGCAAGAUUCUGAAGGACACCGACCUUGUGGACAAGAGGAAGCACUGCUUCAGCGUGCAGACGGAGAGUGGGGAGGACAUGUUCUUCAGCCUGGAGCUGGAGGCCGAGCUGCUGACUUGGGAGAAGGCCUUUCAGAUGGCCACCUUCUUAGAAGUGGAGAGGAUCCAGUGCAAGACGUACGCGUGCAUCAUGGAGAGCCACCUCAUGGGCCUGACGGUCGACUUCAGCAUGGGCUUCGUGUGCUUUGAUGCCGCUUCAAAGGCCGUCCUCUGGAGGUACAAGUUCUCUCAGCUGAAGGGCUCCUCGGAUGACGGCAAGAGCAAGAUCAAGUUCUUGUUCCAAAACCCUGACUCCAAGUCCAUCGAAGCCAAGGUGAGAGGAGCUGCCGCUGGUGGCUGCUGGCUCCCGUGGCUCAGGGCUCUUGUGUUUCCAGGAGCUGGAGUUCUCCAACCUCUUCGCCGUGCUUCAUUGCAUCCACGCUUUUUUCGCUGCCAAAGUGGCUUGUCUGGACCCGGUGUUUGUGGAGAGUCAAGGAAGCGCCGCCAUGGCGGCGCUGUCCUCCCUCACUUGCAGUUCUCUGACUCCGAAGCUGAAGUACGCCACUUGACACUCGCCGUCUCCCCUCAAGACCCUCGGACCUUGACUGUGGUGAUGGUGGCAGCCAGGAAGCCAACGCCACUGCUGGACCUGCAGAGGACGCACGUGGACUCACACACACACGACCUUGACCUCUGCACGUCACGAUGGAAGACGUGACGCUUCAGGUGGCUUUUAUCAAGGACUCAGCCUGAAGAACAGCUUCCACGUUAGAUGGAACCAUGACCUUUUGUGUGUUGCUCUUUCCAAGAACUAUGUGUUCCACUUUAGUAAACCGUGAGCCUCGCGGUCUUGACUGGACUCAGGCUGGGUCACGAGCUGCUGGCGCAUGGAAGAAAGCCGGUGGGCCAAGUCUGGCCUGCUGAGUGGUGUUCAUGUUGGCUCUCUGGGGACCCCGGGACUGAGCUGAGACUUGACACGGGUGGAAAUGUGGCGAGGUGUUGGGAGAUCUGCUCCAAGUUCAACCCGACCCAUGCUGGACCCCGGGUGAGUUUGACUCCUGCUCAUUGGAGGAGCAGCUGACGACAGCCCUGGGAACUGCAGCAGGUUCUUCUCUUCCCAGCCACCGCAGCGCUCAGCUGACGGUGAGCUCCGGUGGUCCACUGCCAAAGGUUGGAACGGGCAGGUCUCAGACUCAGGGGCCACAUUUGAGUCACUUCAUGUUCCAGAAACCCCUGCAGGCUCACCAUGGUCACCGUGUCCUGGAUCACCGACACGCAGACCCCAGACUGGGCUCCACGGCGAGUGAGGCAUGGAAAGGUCAGCUGGGGAGGUGUGGCCCGACUCUUGUCGCUCAUCCACCUUCUCCUCAUGUUUGAUUCCUGGUCCUCAGUGGCUGUUUGGAUGGUUGAAGUCUGUGACUCUUACACGCCACAGUUGGGAAGGAAAGCAGAAGAUGGCAAUCUAUUGUCCAUGCCAGUCCUUUUCCCAGCCGUGUGGAAGAACCAUGAGACUGAUGACUCGGGAUGAGAGGAGAGAGAGUCAGAGGUCUUUCUCUCACGACUGAAAGACUCGUCCCUGGAGCGAAGAGAGCGCGCCAUCAGGUCCAGACUGGAGUCCCGGCUGAUGGAGCAUGAGCUUCUAUGCAAAGGAGGGAGGAUGUUGUGUGUCAGUCAGCAGCUGACCUUUCCACAGGCUGCGCUCACAAACGUGCCGUGCAAUACAUGAAUAAAUUUUAUCACGUGUCUCUCCUGUGUGGUCAUGUGACGUCAGAGACGGAGGCUCCGGCCUGGGUGAGGAGGACACCGGGGACCGCUCCGUGCUCGCCGCUGACCGAGUCAAGAUGGAGUCUUGGGUCGGAGUAAGAUUGGACGUAUCUGCUGCGAGGUUUGUUGCUCCGUGGUGUUAUUUCAUGGGAGCCAGUCAGAUCGCAGCAUUUGGCGGCUGCUCUCAGCGACUCUCCAGUGGAGCUGCGUCGCAGGCCUCUCCUCUUCUCUCCUCUGCCUCUGUGUUUCCCCCCUCUCUCUUGCCGGCCAGUGCUCCGCCCACUCAGCCUCUGUGUCCGGGGCAAGAGUCUUCCCCCUGCUGGAGACGGCCACACAUCCGUUCACUCCUCAGUUCAGCCUGCCAGUGUGUUUUCACACCAUGGAAAUCCUUCCUUUACAAACGCUCACGACUGUUUUCAUUCAGUAUGUUUGAUUCCAACAUUGAUCCCUUUGUGGCGCAGCGGCAUCUAGAACGACUCCAGCUUGUUUGGAUCUUCAUCUUCCUGAUGCAUCUACUUUCCUUCAUUUGGCUUCCAUGUCACUGGCCUCUGGAUUGUCUGAUGAAGCUCAGCCAGAGUCAGAGUGGAUCCUCGUCUUCACCGUCUUCAUCCUCAUCCUGCCAAACCCUCCUCAGCUCUCUCCGCACGCUCACUGAGCCACGCGUGUGCUGCUCCAUGGCUCCGCCCCGCUCAGCCUGGCGAGGGGCAGAGCUGUGACUCGCUCAGCUCAUGUGACUUGUUACUGUUGGGUGACGUCACGUUUAGUCGUCAGAAAAGAUGACUGGAGAGGAGACGCCCCUCGAAGUCUCCCUUCAAUCCAGGAGCUCUGAACCUGUCUGAUCUGGGGCCCCACCUUCCUCAGAACCAGUGGCCCCGGGGCCCAUUCAGUAGACCUGAUUCAUGACUCUUGAUUUCAUUUGUGACCAACAACCUUCUUUUAUCUACUCACACAAAAACAAAGCAAAACCUUGUGAAGUGACAUGAAAGCAUGUGAUCAGCGCAAAGAUAUUUAUUUGUCAUGGAAAAGUCCAACCAGCAGCAGAAGCAGCUGCAAGUCAUGUUCAUCACAUUUACUCAAGAAAAAAAUACACUUGAUGCAAACUGCUGAGAAAAUGGGAAUCAAAUUCUGAAUAAAAUAAAUAGAAUAAAAAAUAUCAUAAAAUAAAAAUAAUGUAUUUUAUUUAAACUCCAAAGACGAUAUAAGUGAAGUGUAAAUGAAAGUAUCGCCAUGAAAUAUUCAAAUUAAUUUGGCUUUCAUGAACAGUCUGUACUGUAGGGGGCGCCAUCACUUCCUUCUUCAUUGUUUCUUUCCAAGAACUCCUCCAUAGUUGGUGACUCUCACAGAUGAGCAGCGGUCAGGUCAGUUCACUGACUCACUACUGCCACCACACCUGGCUCAUGGGUUAGAGGCGAGCGUCUGGCGGCCCAAAGGGGUGACAGAAAAUCCUCUUUACAGUUGAGUUUGGAUGUUCGCGCCAUGAUUGUGUGGGGUCUCUGGACACUCUGGUUUCCUCCCACUCUCCACACACAUGCACCAAAGUGAACUGGUUAAAAGCUCGGUCGUCAGCCUGCUUGUGUCCCUCCCUCCCCCCACCCCACGUGUUCCCCCUCUUGCCCUCACUAGCUGGGCAACUUUUCACCGACUUCUCAUCGUCAUGACAGUGGAAGUAAAGUGGUACGCAAAGGUCUCCGGGUCAUUCACCGACAGAAAGUUGACACCAGGUGACAUGUGCUUGUGACCUUUAAUCUUGUGCCAAACACACUGGAAACAUAUGCAAAGAUGAGGAACACACUGGAAGAAACCAGACGCCUCUAGUGGCCAGAAAGACACCGCACCUUCCCUGCUGGGUUCAGAAGAGGCUUCUGACGUGACCUCAGAGGAGUCACAGGAGCAGCAGCUGAGAGCCAGGACUAUGUUGGACCUCCUUGCUUUCCCAACUCAGUUUAGAGACGACAGCGUGAGAAGCGCGUGGAAGCGUACACCAGCUCUUCACUCACAGUGUGCAGAGUCACAACAACUCAAAACAGAUGGGCUCCCAAACAGAGCCGCGCAGCAAUGUACAGUGCUUGUGUGUGACUGAUGAACAGCAGUGUGGGGAACCGUACAGCAGAAGGUCACAGCAAACCAAAGUGCGCUCAGAAUCAGCGGGUGAAAAAGCUGGUGCAGUUCAACUGGUCUUAUUUCUGCCCUGUGCACCGUCGACGGUGGAAUGUUUGGACACACCACACGGGCUUCUCCUCCCAACUCUGCUGCUACGGAAGAGCUUGCCUUUGAUUCCUGUGUAACCACAAGGUUGGUCUCAAGGCCAUCAGAUAGUUUCUCAGAAAAAUGUUGGAUCAGCAAAUCUCUCCGGACAAAGUCUCUCUCUUUUCUGUUGAUGUUGACAGUAAAAAGUGUCUCCAGGAAAAGGGAGGACGGAGGUGGGUCAGCAGGAACAGCAGCAUGCGAGGAGGUCCACCCCAGGAGGCUCCCUCCCGCUGCAGUGGCGUGCUCCACCGUGCUGCGCACCACCACUCUCACUCUGGCUCCACAUGCAGGAUAGUGAUGAAGGUCUUCACACGUGAGCGCCAAGGCAACAGCCAAGAGGUCGGCCUGGUGUGGCGAGCGCCGGUCCCGUGCACCGUGAAGCGCGGCGAGGACGGCGGCCCAGAAGUGACCAUCCAGAGUGGCCCUGGUCCAAGGCAUCGGUGAGGGCUGAAGUUCAACUGCCAGAUGACGGGCAGACGCCAGGAGGACCCACCUCACCGCGGAGGUGACGAGGACAUGAAAGGUGCUUUAUUACUGGGUGUUUUCUGGGAAGUGCUUGGUGUGAAGGAGACAAAGAGCAUCACCGUUACAGUUUCCAAACGAAUUCAAUAGCAACUGUGGCGGCUGCUACACGAGCACUAAAGAGGGGUGGCGCCCUGGCUCGGGCCGCGCCGUCAUUUCUCCCGGUAGUGCAGCAGGUAGGCUUGCAGCGAGAGCGGCAGGGGCAAGGACAUGAUCUGGUCCCUCAACAUGUUGACUUGCUUGAUGAUCUUCACCUCACUAAUGUCUCUGUCCUCCUCCUCCUCCUCCUCCACGUCCACGUCUUCCCCCUUCUUCAGCUGCUCCUCGCUGGCCUCCGCCUCCUCACAGUCCACCACUUGUCUGAUGAACUGGUUCUCCACCAAGCCGUAGCUGUUGAUGCAGCGCUGCCUGCAGUUCCCUCGCUUGCGCUUCUGCGGGACUCUCUCAACCACUUCCUUCUCCUGACCCUCGCCGCCGGCCAAAUUCCGCAAGGUGCGGCGAAUGCAGAGGCGGGACAGAUCCUGCAGGCUGCGCACGGCCACGGGGGCUGAGGACCGAGAGCUCAGAGUUACGGCGCCGCCUGCGGCUGAGGCGCGAAGAGGAGCGUUGCUACUCACGCAGGUAGACCACCUCAGACUUCUGCCCCUCGG